GGGUUGGCCCGUCACGUGACUCGAGUGCCCUUCGUUUGCAGCGUUUGACAUGUGAGCCGCAGAACCAUGUCUUUCCCCAAAAGACCUGGUGGUAAAGCUCUGGACGUCUUGCAGACUCUACCCCGUAUCACUUUAGCGAACCUGCGACCUGAGCCUGGAGCCCGACAGUCGAAAAGACGUAGAGGCAGAGGACAACAUCGUGGUAAUAAAAGCGGCCGAGGACACAAGGGAGAGCGACAGCGAGGCAACCGGCCGCGGCUCGGGUUUGAAGGCGGCCAGACCCCCUUUUACCUGCUCAUCCCUAAAUAUGGAUACAAUGAAGGCCACAGUCGCCGUCCUCAGUAUCUGCCUCUGUCCCUGAAACGACUGCAGUACCUCAUUGAUCUUGGACGUGUUGACCCAACGCAGCCCAUUGACCUGACGCAGUUGGUCAAUGCCAGAGGAGUCACGGUGCAGCCGCUCAAGAGAGACUAUGGAGUCCAGCUGGUGGAUGAGGGUGCUGACAUCUUCGCAGCUAAGAUCAACAUUGAGGUCCAGAGAGCUUCUGAAGGAGCCAUCGCUGCUAUCGAGAGGAACGGUGGUGUCAUCACCACCAGCUUCUAUGACCCCAUUAGCCUUGAUAUCCUCAUCAAACCAGUGCCGUUCUUCCUCCGCGGCCAGCCCAUCCCCAAGCGAAUGCUCCCAGGCCAGGACAUGGUGCCGUACUACCGCAGCCCUGAGAACCGAGGCUACUUGGCAGACCCCGAUCAGGUCCAACAGGCCCGGCUGGCCCUGGCGAAGAAGUACGGAUACACGUUGCCGGAUAUUUCCAGAGAUGAACUGUACCACAUGCUUUCCACGAGGAAGGAUGUUCGCCAGAUCUUCUUCGGCCUCUCUCCUGGGUGGGUUGUCAACAUGGCCGAGAAGAAAAUCCUGAAGCCCACCGACGAGAAACUGCUGAAAUAUUACAGCUCUUAGGGGAAUAAAUAAAGCCUUCUUUUGAUAUUAAAAGCUUUGUGAAAUCACCGCUCCACUCCAUGCACAUUGGUAGUGCUCCCAUGAAGCGUCCGGCGGCUGCUGGGAUGGAAGGAUUUUGGCCUGCAGCAGGUGAGGGGAGGAAAUAAGGAAAAUAAGAUAUAAGUCAAAGAAUGAAAACAGGAAACAGAUGCCUGGUGAUGUGUGUCACUUGUGAAAUGGCUCGUCUCGGCCCUAGGACGGGAGUUUGAAAUUAGUCAUAGGCAGCUGUAUCCUGGUCUGGAUGUUCAAAAGAGUUCCCCCCUGCCCUCCCCCCUCAUACUGAGAAUACAAUCGGUGAAUAAGAGGCAUGACAUGUAAGGAAAUGAUUUGAUAUGUCAUAAAAAUACCGCAAAUCACUCAGCGGUCUGAUCGUUUUUGCCUCUGCUAAAAAAAAAAGUGGUUUAAUGGAGCAUUAUUAAUGAUGUGUUUUAUUUAGGGAUUAUGACUGAAGGUCCUGAGGUUAUCAUCCAGAUUUAGGUGAAUCAGAGGAACGACUCGUAUGGAGAGACAACCGCACACAAAUCCUGUUAAACAUCGUAACCCCGGUUAUUUUCAGUAGUGAAGAAAAUUCCGAUAGUUGCAUCAUCCAAACGCGUACGACGUACGUAGAUCGGCGCUUCACUCGAGAGACGGAAUGAAAUGAAGAAAAGCGAAGAAAGUAACCCGAUGUCUUGACGUGUAAAAGAAACAGAUUCCUCAUUUAUUUUAGCAUAAUAUGAUAAAGCAAGUAGCACAAGUUGCUUGAUCUACGGUGGCCUGAAGUGGACAAAAAUCAUGUCUCGCUGAAGCGGGAUUCAUGAGAGGGGAUCAAUAUACAGUAUAUACAGAAGUAUAGUAAUAUUUCACUGUUAGCCUGCGUCACAGAUGCUUUAAUCUAAUCUAAUCAUUUUUUUAAAUCUAAUUUAAUCUAAUCUAAAGUGAAAGCCAUUCUAAUCAUCUCUCCCUUUUAUCAAAACAAACUGACACACUGGAGAUCUAUGCCUUGUUUUUUUUUUAAAUACAUUUGAGCCGUUGCUGUAUGCGAAUGUAUGUAAAUAGUGGUUACACAUUUUUUCUUGUUGCAAUCAAAGUGUAAAAUUCAUCUCUGGUUCAUUAAUCGGCCUUUUUGUGGGUCUAUUGUUGUUCCAAGUGGCUCCACGUGUGUUUUUUUCAAAGCUGAAAUGUCACACUUCCCUAAAAAUACCUCGGCCUUUUUAUGCAGAUA